AUGUCGAUUGCCCUUUUGCUGGUGGUCUUGAGCACCAACUUGCCGGCCAUCUCCUCAUGUAAUGGCCCAUGUCAAACCCUCGACGACUGCCAAGGCCAGUUGAUCUGCAUCAACGGAAUGUGCAGCGAUGAUCCCAAAUUAGGUACUCAGAUAUGCGGCACCGGCAGUGGUGGUCAAUCCGUGCUGACGUCAGACGACGGAGGAUGCCACCCCUCAGGCAAUCUCCAUUGUGAUGGCACAUCUUAUCCAACGUUCACUUGCUCGCCCCCAGUAACUUCCUCAACCCGAGCCAUCUUGAUGAACAACGAAUUCAGCCAAGGCGGUGGGGGAGACCCGUCUCAGUGCAAUGAGCAAUAUCACAACAACACAGAGCGGAUCGUUGCUCCGUCGACAGGGUGGUUUGAUAACAAAUCGCGUUGUGGGAAGAUGUUCAAGAUAACGUCCAUUAAAACCGGAAGCAGCGUGAUGGCCAAAGUGGUAGACCAAUGCGACUCGAUGAAUGGAUGCAAUGCGAGCCACGCUUACCAGCCGCCAUGCCGAAACAACAUCGUCGAUAGCUCGGAUGCCAUGUGGAGUGCUUUAGGGCUUGAUAAGAAUGUGGGCGACGAGGAUGUGACUUGGUCAACGGUUUAA